UCCCGGCGGCGGAAGUGACGCCACGCCGGAGGCCGGGGCUUCCGGUGCGCAGACCACAGUGGCCCGGCUACCAAUGGAGGAGCCCGCGGGGAGGAGGCAGAGAAUUCAAAUGAAGUCAAAAGAGCGAUAAGGGUUGUUGAAAAAGAAACGGACAUUACUCUCCUGCUCCGCAGUUUGGCUGAGCACUAAGAUGUCUGUGGACAUGAACAGCCAGGGCUCUGACAGCAAUGAAGAGGACUAUGAUCCAAACUGUGAUGAGGAGGAAGAGGAUGAAGAACCUGGGGACAUUGAGGAUUACUAUGUGGGGGUGGCAAAUGACGUGGAGCAACAGGGAGCAGAUGCCUUUGACCCCGAGGAAUAUCAGUUUACCUGCCUGACUUACAAGGAAUCGGAGAGUACCCUGAAUGAGCACAUGGUCAGCUUGGCCUCUGCAUUAAAGGUAUCUCAUGCAGUUGCUAAGCUUGUAUUAGUUAGCUUCCACUGGCAAAUCUCAGAAAUUUUGGAAAGGCACAAGUCCAAUUCUGUCCAGUUGCUAGUGGAAGCACGAGUUCAGCCUGCCUCAUCCAAACACGCCAUGGUACAUUCCUCCCAGCACUGUGCGGUGUGUAUGCAGUUUGUUCGAAAGGAAAACUUGUUGUCUCUGGCUUGUCAGCACCAGUUCUGCCGCAGCUGUUGGGAGCAGCACUGUACAGUUCUCGUCAAGGAUGGAGUCGGAGUUGGUGUCUCCUGCAUGGCUCAGGACUGCCUGCUCCGGACUCCAGAAGAUUUUGUGUUUCCAUUGCUACCUAGCGAGGAGCUGAAAGACAAAUACAGACGCUACCUCUUCAGGGAUUACGUUGAGAGCCAUUUCCAGCUGCAGCUCUGUCCCGGCGCAGACUGUCCUAUGGUCAUACAGGUACAGGAGCCCAAAGCUCGCAGAGUGCAGUGCAAUCGAUGCAAUGAAGUUUUCUGUUUCAAGUGUCGGCAGAUGUACCAUGCUCCCACAGAUUGUGCCACCAUUCGAAAAUGGCUCACCAAGUGUGCAGAUGACUCUGAAACAGCCAACUAUAUCAGUGCUCACACUAAAGAUUGUCCCAAGUGCAAUAUCUGUAUUGAAAAGAAUGGUGGCUGCAAUCACAUGCAAUGCUCCAAAUGCAAACAUGACUUCUGCUGGAUGUGUCUAGGGGAUUGGAAGACUCACGGCAGCGAGUACUACGAAUGCAGUCGGUACAAAGAGAAUCCUGAUAUUGUAAACCAGAGUCAGCAAGCACAGGCCAGGGAGGCCCUUAAGAAGUACUUGUUCUAUUUUGAGAGGUGGGAAAACCACAACAAGAGCUUACAGCUUGAGGCACAGACUUACCAGCGAAUUCAAGAGAAGAUACAAGAAAGGGUGAUGAACAACUUGGGAACGUGGAUAGACUGGCAGUAUCUACAGAAUGCAGCCAAGCUGCUAGCUAAGUGUCGUUACACGCUGCAGUACACAUAUCCGUAUGCCUACUACAUGGAAUCUGGCCCCAGAAAGAAACUGUUUGAAUACCAACAAGCUCAGCUGGAAGCGGAAAUAGAAAACCUCUCAUGGAAGGUGGAGAGAGCAGAUAGUUAUGACAGAGGGGACUUGGAAAAUCAGAUGCACAUAGCCGAGCAGAGGAGAAGGACCCUGCUGAAAGACUUCCAUGACACAUAAAGUAGCAGGAGAUGUCAGGGCGCAGGGGUGAGCGCAAAGAGCGAGGUGGCGGUGAGAGCGGCAGCAGCAGAAGCAACACGAGAAGCUGGCCCCCGCCCGCCCCCCCACAGAGAAGGGCUGAGGACAACACUGCACCCUCCCCUUGCAAGCCAGACACGAGCUAGCACCACAGCUUAGUCUUCUGUUUUCUCUUCUCUUUCUGCUUUUCGUUUUUGCCAGGCUAGAGGCUGGAGUUCAGAUUGGCACCUUUUUUUCUGGGACGUUUUCCUCCCCGGCUCUUGGAUUGUUCUGGGAAGGAGUUCUUUUAUUUUAUUUUUCUUCUUCUCCUUCUUCUUCUUCCUCCUCCUCCUCCUCCUCCCUCGAAUGGCUGUUAAUAGUGUUAGAUCAUUACAAACAUAUGUAAUUUUCAAACGGUUGUACAAUUAUACAAAACAAACCCUAGAAUAACACACAACCCUUUUUAAAAAUAAAUUGGAAUUGGAGUGUUUCCUUUUUAAAUAAGCUGCUUGUAAACUAAAUGGCUGCUUCUCUUCUUUCCCCUCCAAAUCCUCUUUUGCGCUGAAGCCUAUGAAAUAGUCCAGCUGUCUGUUUGGCACCUCUUAUGUGUGCUCUGCUGCUUGCCCUGUGACUACAUGAGGUGAACAGUGCUAGCCUAGGAGACGACAGCAGCAGCCAGAGGUCAGCGUACAGUCCAAUAGCUCUCCUAUUCUUCCCUGGUUAUGCAGGGGCAGUCGGGCAAAGUUCAGGCCAGCAUGGGAAACAGUUGUGGUCCUGCUGUCCCAUUAGCUUUAGGUUGUCUCCUGCGUGGAUUAGUUGCUUUGUUUCUCUGGACUGAUCUCAUCUGCCAAAACUAGAAUCAUUUGAGGGGUUAUGGGAACACACAAUCUUGCCUCUUGAUAGGAUUGUAGCAGGCACUGGCUUUGCUUGGAGGCAGAAGGACAAGCCACGUUCCAUCCAUGCCUUGCGUAUCUCUGCAGUCCAGUCAUACACAACCUGAUCCUUGACACGGCUGUAAGGUGAUACGUCAAGCCUGGCCCCGUCUUGCCCUGACAAGACCAGACUUCCUCGCUGUGUGUCGAGGGAAAGCUGUUACACUUAACAUGAUGCUUGGUAAGGGGGGUGGGG